UAUUCAGGCUAGGAUUUUGGUGCAUGUUGAUUGCCCUGAACCCUCUUUUGGUAUGCUAGGAUUUUCAUUAGGCGAGAUUACUGUAGUCUCAGCAUGAAUUUGUGCAUACAAUCUAUCAGAAUCCCUCCCUUUCUCUAUUAAUUUAUUAAAUUUGUACUUUUAGGAUACACUUUGACAAAGCUUACUUAUUUUCUAAUUUUAUGUUUAGUAUUUAUAAAACUUGACAACUACACUUUCAUACUACUAGUCAGGGUAUAAAAUUAACAGCUCUUCUCAUAAGCUGAACCUGCUGGUGAAGGUGGUGCAGCUUCCCAAGCCACGUCCAGGACUGAGGCUCUGGGAGAUGCUGAGGGUGUGUCUGCGGGGAGGACUUCUCCAGCUCUAGGGCUGGAUGCUUGGCUCCAACCCAGCUCCCAUGGCAUGGUUCCUCUGACAGGGAAGAUCCAAGACACAAGUGACAAGAUAUCCCUGGAACCACCCAAACAGACGAAGCAAGAGCUGAAGGAAAUGCGGCAGGGAGGACAAGAAAUGAAAGGAGAGCCUGCGGAGAAAGAAGCAUUUCCCGGAGGAAGCAGGGGCUUCGUGGCAACCUCUGCUGCAGGAAGGGAGGCCAUGCCAGGCACAGGCACAGGAGAUGAGGGUGCUGGGAAGGCUUCUCCAUCAGCUUGGAUGAAGAAAGUUCUGAAGCCCUUGGAGCCUCCUGCAGAUGUGUCUACAGGGAGGACUUCUCCAGCUUCUCCAGCUCCUACCUUGGAUGCUAUACGCAAGACCAGCUCCCAUCACAGUGGUACUCCAACAGGGAAAGUCCAAGAUACAACAGAUAAGGUGUCCCUGCAACCAUCCAAACAGAUUAGGCAAGAGCUGAAGGAACCCCUGCAGACAAGAGAAGAGAUGGACAUAGUGCUUCAGUGGAAGGUGGCAUUUCUUGAAGGAAGCACUCCAUCUUCGGUGCCAGCCCCUGCUGCAGGAAAGAAGGCAAAGCCAGACACGGGCACAGGCACAGCAGACUGGGAGGCUGGGAAGGAUUCUCCAUUAGCCUGGCGCUCUGAAGUUGUGAAGCCCUCUGGGCAUUCUGCAGGCGUGUCUGCAGGGACGACUUCACCAACUCCUACCUUGGAUGCUGCACCAAAGCCCAGCUCCCAUGGCAGGGGUCCUACGACAGGAGAGACCAAAGACAUGGCAGGCAAGAAAUUCCGGGACCCAUUAGAAAUCAAGUGGCAAAUGCUGAAGGAACGUCUGCAGAGAAGACAAGAAAUGAAAGGAGAGCCUGCGGAGAAAGAAGCAUUUCCCGGAGGAAGCAGGGGCUUCGUGGCAACCUCUGCUGCAGGAAGGGAGGCCAUGCCAGGCACAGGCACAGGAGAUGAGGGUGCUGGGAAGGCUUCUCCAUCAGCUUGGAUGAAGAAAGUUCUGAAGCCCUUGGAGCCUCCUGCAGAUGUGUCUACAGGGAGGACUUCUCCAGCUUCUCCAGCUCCUACCUUGGAUGCUAUACGCAAGACCAGCUCCCAUCACAGUGGUACUCCAACAGGGAAAGUCCAAGAUACAACAGAUAAGGUGUCCCUGCAACCAUCCAAACAGAUUAGGCAAGAGCUGAAGGAACCCCUGCAGACAAGAGAAGAGAUGGACAUAGUGCUUCAGCGGAAGGUGGCAUUUCUUGAAGGAAGCACUCCAUCUUCGGUGCCAGCCCCUGCUGCAGGAAGGAAGGCAAAGCCAGACACGGGCACAGGCACAGCAGAUGCAGCCGGCACCACAAGACCUGUUCCCAAUGCCCAGGAUGGCCUCGGAAGGGGUUUCUAUCAGGAAACAGGCUGCUGGCUAGCAAUACUGGCAUUUAUGCUUUGUUUGGAGCUUGUCUUCGUGUUGUGCUUGUUUGGAAUCCGGUAUUUGGAAUCGGGAAGAGAAAACAGAGCACCUCGGGACAGGAGUUGGAAGACGGUGGCUGCACCUCACACCGACAGCGUGAGCAGCUCCUCCAGCAGCAGGAACGGCCUGGACAGCCCUCUCAAGUCUUCUGUGAAGAGGACCCCAGAACAACCAUCGACAAGGAAGCCUCUUAUUGCCCCGUAGAUCCCACUGCCACCUGCUCUCCCCAUGGGCCUCCCCAAGCUUCCUUUAUUCCUUUUUUUCUCUCCGUCUGUCCCAUCCCAGCCAACCCGAGUUCUGCUAGGGACCCCAGGACCAGCCCA